CGAUACGCUCGGGCGGACAAACGCUCCAAGUUGCCCAGCUGGAUUCAAACUCAGUUGCAAGACGCAUUUGUGAACUUGUCCACCGAAGAGGCCGUUCAAGCAUCCCGGCGAUUUCUCCGCCUAAUGGGUCAGCCAUUUAACAAAGAGGAUCAAUUGGGCUUGGCACUGCUCACCCGUGAACAUGUAGCUAAACUGGUCGCACAAAAUCAAGCCGAGUUGAUCCGCACUGGUGGUCUGUUGGGUUCCGGUGUCGGUGGUCCCGGUUUGCCCACAAUGCCAGUCGGUGCCGGACCGACCACGCAUGUACCUUACGGACUAACCACAGUGAAUCAGCCCCGUGUGGUCUCCACAGCAACCAAUUUUAAAUAA